AUGGGCUCCUACACACCUAACAACGACCAGGAGAUACAUACCGUCUUCAUACCGGAAGAUGUACGUCGGUCUGGGAAAGCGACUCUGGACAUCAUAGCCGAAGGCGUUGCUUUCUUGCACAAGGACGGCAUCAUAGUUCUCGAGAAUGCUAUCGACACUGAGCACAUCGACACGCUCAACGCUAAACUGGCGCCCGAAGCGCUCGAAAUUGCUGCAGACCCCGACCAUCAUUUCAAUUUUGGGACACAGACACGGAACAUGGACCAGGCUCCCCCACCAACCAGAGAGCUGAUGUAUAAGGAUAUCUGGUGCAAUCCCUUUGCAGCGGCGAUCUUGUCAGCAACUUUGGGCCCGCGCCCUGUAAUUCAUUACGCGAAUGGAAAUACCGCACUCAAGGCGGCCCCCGACGGAAGACAACCGGUACAUUCUGAUUGCGAAUUUGCGCAUCCUGCAUACUUCCCCUUUGCAUACGUGAUCAACAUUAGCCUUGUCGACGUUACAGCCGAGAAUGGAGGUACAGAAGUUUGGGUCGGGAGCCACCAUGUCAGCGUGCAGGAUGCGCACGUUUCUGGUUGUGACAACGAACAAAUGUUGAGCAUCCGGCCAGAAUUGCUAGAAGAACGGAGGAAACACAGCCCUCCAUUCCAGGCAAGUACGAAGAAAGGUUCCCUCGUUAUCCGUGAUCUGCGGUUAUGGCACGCCGGCAUGCCGAAUCUGACGGAUGAACCAAGAGUAAUGCUUGCCUUUGUGGCCAGUCCUGAAUGGUGGCAGGGUAAGAGUAAGAUCCUGCUCCCCAAAGACGUCAAGGAAAUGGUGGAAAGCUGGAAAGAUGAAUUCCAAUACGAUGCCGAAUAUGUUGAGGGGGAAGUGGAAUAUAAAAAGCUCAGCAGCUCGAACGUGGAUUUCGGUUCCAAGAGCAAGAUCCUCGAGAGGUAUGAAAGCGAACUGAAAGUUUGGCCGAACUAUGUUCCCAGGUGGUACUAG